AUGCCUCAAAGGAAAACUUCUACAAAUCAAUCGCAGUCGCUGCCGUUGGUGGUGACGCUGAAUUGCAUUGAGGAUACGGUUUUGGAACAGGAAUGCUUGAUGGGAGUGGCGCGUGUCGAGCACGUGCCUCUGAGCCGAUUAGCCGAGGCGCGGAUUGAGUCUGCGACGGCGGUGCUGCUCCAUUCGCUUUCGUUCCUCCCACGGGCUGCCCAGAGACGUUUACGCCCAGGGCAGCUUAUUCUUUGCCUCGGAUCCUCCGACCGGGAUGUGGAUUCUGCCCUCGCUGCUGAUCUGGGUCUUGGCCGGCUUAUCCAUGUUGAUGUUAGCCGCGCUGAGGAGGUUGCUGAUACAGUCAUGGCGCUGAUACUUGGCUUACUCCGGCGGACUCACCUCCUUUCGUGGCAUGCGCUCUCGGCUUCAGCGUGGCUCGGGUCUGUUCAGCCACUAUGCAGAGGCAUGCGACGAUGCCGCGGUCUCGUGUUAGGGAUCGUUGGCAGAUCUGCCUCCGCCAGGUCCCUGGCUACUAGGAGCUUGGCCUUUAAAAUGAGUGUGCUUUAUUUUGAUGUUCAUGAGGGAACUGGAAAAGUAAGUAGAUCUUCCAUUGCAUUCCCUCCUGCUGCCAGAAGAAUUGAGACUCUUAACGACUUGCUUGCUGCCAGUGACCUUAUAUCGCUACACUGUGCUCUUAGUGACGAAACCGUUCAGAUUAUCAAUGCAGACUGUUUGCAGCACAUAAAGCCUGGGGCAUUUCUUGUGAAUACCGGUAGCAGCCAGCUAUUGGAUGAUUGUGCUGUGAAACAACUUCUGAUUGAUGGCACCCUUGCAGGCUGUGCACUGGAUGGUGCCGAAGGGCCCCAGUGGAUGGAAGCAUGGGUGCGGGAGAUGCCCAAUGUUUUGAUUCUUCCUCGGAGUGCAGACUAUAGUGAAGAAGUAUGGAUGGAAAUAAGGGAAAAGGCAAUUUCCAUACUUCAGACGUUCUUUGUGGAUAAUGUGAUUCCCAAGAGUGCAGUAUCUGAUGAUGAUGAAGAAGAAGAGGAGGAAAGUGAGGUUGGCAAUGAACAUCAAUUGCAUCAAGAUAAUGAGAGUUCCUUCCAAGAUUCUGUUGGUGAGCGAGUGGCUGGAGAUAUUUACUUAACUGCAGAUAGUUCCCAGAAAAAGCUAGUACAUCAAUCAAAAGAUACUUCAACUCAAAAUGAAGGCUCUAUUUUGUCUCAAAGUACUUCCAGUAGAUCUGAAGUAAAGCGAAGCAGAUCAAGUAAGAAGGCUAAAAAAAGGUAUUCCCACCAAAAAUCUAAGCACAAAGUAGAUGAUGCUUUGGCUUUUGGAAAAGAGAGCACGUCAUAUCAAGAAGAUGAUACUAAUAUGAGUGGCACAGAUCAAGUUUUGAGUUCUAGUUCACGUUUUGCUUCUCCUGAAGAUUCAAGAAACAGGAAGACGGCAAUUGACUCAAUUCAGGAAUCAACUUCUGAGCAGCUUUUAAAAUCAAGCAUCGAAAUUAGUAGAAAAUCUGGCGAACUGCUGAAAGAUGGUUAUGUUAUUGCUUUACAUGCAAGAGAUCGCUCUGCACUUCAUGUUUCAAAACAAAGAGUUAAAGGUGGUGGCUGGUUCCUUGACACAAUGUCCAAUGUAACAAAAAGAGAUCCAGCAGCCCAAUUCCUUGUUGUGUUCCGAAACAAGGAUACAAUUGGUUUGAGAUCAUUUACUGCUGGAGGAAAGCUAUUGCAGAUAAAUAGGAGGAUGGAAUUCGUCUUUGCUAGCCACAGCUUUGAUGUCUGGGAAAGCUGGACAUUCGAAGGUUCUUUGGAAGAGUGUAGACUGGCUAAUUGCAGAAAUCCUUUGGCUGUGUUGGACGUACGUGUAGAAAUUGUUGCAGCCGUGGGGGAAGAUGGUAUUACUCGCUGGCUUGAUUAA